CCUGUCGACCAUCCAUCUUGGACGCUCUCUGGCGAGGACAGGGCACCUAUAUUCGUCAACAAGGUCGCAAACGAUACAUAUACCACGGAAAGUCGCAAUUAUUCGAUAUAUUCCUCAACUCCGAACCCGAUCGCUUCGAAGCCUCCACAGACACAAGCGAAUACGUCCUAUCCUAAUUUAUGCAAGCAAAGAGACUAUCGACAGUAUUUGCGGAAAACGAAUAUACUUCUAUCGCAAAAUACUAUUGUUCCCUUCAUAUCCACAGGCUUAGGCGGCCAAAAUUAUAAACACGAUGGUUCGCGAGACCAUACUACUAAUAGGGUUAUCCUCUUCUCUCCGGGGAUGGCCGGGGGGACUUACUGA